AUGAGGCACCCCCCACCGAAUCGACCAGAGCCAGCAGAGCACUCCUCGCCUGGCUCGGUCGAGUCAGCGCCCGAGCUGCCGGGCUUGCCCAACCUCGCUGGCGACUUUGGCGAGGCUGGGGUGGCUGCUGGGCAUGACGACAUCGCGGCUGUGACCUCCACGCUGCGGAACAUCCGCCUGGGGUUCGCACGGGACGCCGCAGCGACCCGCGUUCAGCGGGCGAUGCGCGCGGGCACCUUCAUCAUCACGAUCCUCAUCACCAAGAUCCAGGCUGCUGCACGCGGCCUCAUCACUCGCACUUCUCUGAACAACUUCUUCAAGGCCUGCCCGCCCAGCGGGCGCACCGCCGACCUCUUCCUCAGCCGCGUCUACGUGCGAGGCUGCGACGGAACCAUCAGGUUCUGCCACCAACACGAGGCCGCUCAGGCGGCCGCUCUCGGACGGUACAGGUUGGUCAACGCUUGGUUCUAUCCAUGCGGCGACUGGUACACCUUCUACUCUGGGAUGGCAGCACGGCCGAGAAGGCGCGACAAGCGCGAGCGGUCCGACCGCUCCUCCGACGACUCCUCCUCCGACCAAGACUCAUGCGGCACCGGCUCUACUAGCGAGGCGAAUGACAUAUUCGACACCCUCGACGACCAUCUCGGCUACGGUUCCGACUCCGGCUCCGGCUGGUAG